AGUCUCCCCGGUUCUCAUGUGCCGUAUAAGUCCCGCCUCCUGCUCUCCAGCGGACAACUUGUUUUCAGCAAGACGCACCGGAGAAGAGCCAUGGCAGAGGAAGCACCGGCAGCACCCGCUACGACCCCGUCUAAGGCGGCGGGAAAGGCCAAAAAGAAGAAGCAAGUAGUCAAGAGGGCGAAUAGAGAUACCCCCAGCCUCUCCAAACAGAUCGUCGCCGUCAUUUCCGAAUCCAAGGAGCGCAAAGGAAUGUCGGUGGCUUUGUUGAAGAAGUCGCUGGCGGCCAAAGGCGUGGACGUGCCCAAACUCAACAGGCGCAUCAACGUCGCCUUAGUCUCUCUCGUGACUAAGGGCAUCCUGACCCAAACCACGGGAAUUGGCGCUUCUGGUUCCUUCAAAUUGGCCAAGAAGGAGCCGGCCGCCAAGAAGCCCACUAAAGCCAUGAAAACCAAGAAGAAACCCGCUGCCAAGAAGUCCACCACUACCACCACCACUGCUGCUGUCGCCGGCAGGAAAUCGACAGCGGGCGCAAAGAAGAGACGUACCUCGGGCAAGUCUGAAACGAAAACUAAGAAGCCAGGGAAGAAGUCUCCUGCUAAGAAGGCUUCCAAGUCGGCAAGCAGCCCCAGGAAGGCCACGACGUCCAGAGCAAAGUCGAAUCCCAAGUCCAAGAAGGAUACCCCGAAGAAGGGGAGGAAGCCUGCCGCCAAGAAACCUGCACUCAAAAAACAAGCCAAGAAGGCACCAGGGAAAAAGUCCAAGAAGUGAAUCGACUAACGCGUUUCACAUCUUCAACCAACCAAAGGCUCUUUUAAGAGCCACCA